UCUUGGAUCUUCAAAAAUAUAAACACAUGUGGCAGUGGCACCGUGACGUUGAGAUAAGGUGGUUAAUGUUGUGAAGGUGUGGGUGUGAAGUAUGGGUAAAAUUGUUGUAUUGCACCCUGAUUUGGGCAUCGGAGGAGCUGAAAGAUUGGUCGUUGAUGUUGCCUUGGCAUUGCAGAAGGAAGGUCACGACGUUCAAUUCGUGACUGCACACCAUGAUUCGAAUCAUUGCUUUGCUGAAACGAAGGAUGGAAGCUUUCAAGUUACAGUAGUAGGCGACUGGUUGCCCCGUAGUAUUUAUGGCCGCUUUCACGCUGUAUUCGCCUAUCUACGUAUGAUGUACGCAGCGAUGUAUCUUGUCUUCUUCAGUGGAAUCAAGCCAGAUCUUGUGUUCUGUGACCAGGUGUCAGCCUGUAUUCCGAUCCUGCGCUACCGGGGUCUGAAAGUUGUGUUUUACUGCCACUUUCCAGAUCAGCUACUCAGUUACAGAGACAGCCGCCUGAAGCAGAUGUACAGAGCGCCUUUGGACUGGUUGGAAGAGGUGACUACGGGAAUGGCCGACAAAGUACUUGUCAACAGUAAGUUUACUGCCAGUGUCUUCAAAGCAACUUUCAAAAGACUGGCAAAAGUCACACCCGACGUCCUGUAUCCUUCUGUGAACACAGACUUAUUCGAAGGUUCUGCGACGCGUCGGCUUAAUGAAGUCAUAGAAGAUCCCGCAUUUCUUGUCGAUGAUGCCUUUUUAUUUUUGUCUAUCAAUCGUUACGAACGUAAGAAGAACCUGUCUCUAGUACUAAGAGCCUUUGCAGAUUUGAGGACGAUUCUUGAUGAAGAUAAGUGGUCUAAUGUCUUCUUGAUUAUGGCGGGAGGAUAUGACAAUAGAGUGAAAGAGAAUGUAGAACACUUCACAGAACUAGUGUGUCUUGCAGUUAGGCUUGGAGUGUCGGAAAAAGUAAAAUUUUUUAAGUCACCUUCGGAUUCCGUUAAGCUAUCUUUGUUGUAUCAUAGUCACUGUUUGGUGUACACUCCAGCCAAUGAGCAUUUUGGAAUUGUGCCACUGGAAGCCAUGCAUGCCAAGAAGCCUGUAAUAGCCGUUAACAGCGGAGGCCCCACAGAAACAGUAGUUGAUGGAGUUACUGGCUUUCUUUGUGAACCUGAACCAGAUAAAUUCGCCGAAGCAAUGAGCAAAUUCGUAUCUAGUAAGCCUCUUGUCAAGAGAAUGGGUUUGCAGGGCAGGGAUUGGGUUAUGGAAAAGUUUUCAUUCUUAUCAUUCAGCAAGCAAUUGCAGAAAAUUGUCAUGGAAUUUCUGAAAAGUGAUGACAGUAAUGACUGAAUGGUGUACUUGAGGAAGAGUUACUCACAGUACCUGAUAUUUUGAGGUAGACUGCAUUUAAAAUAGCCAUUCCACAGUUACUGGUAAUCUCAGAAGACUGAAAGGUAAAUUAUACUAAACAUUUUUCACUGAAAUCGAGCUGAUCUAGACAUUUUUACAUGUGAUUUCAAACUACAUGAAAAUUUCAUUUUUUUUUUGUAUAGGUAGGCUACUGUGAAAGUGACAGGAUAUGAAAUAGUGCCUUGUCUUGUUGGAAGAUCAAAAAGUUAAUGUGUGUGUAAAUAGUCAUACACACUGAAAAAUUGUUUAUUUAGUGUUGGGGUGAUUUUUUUUUUUUAGAUGUAAAUAUGAAAUCAAUUUUUGACAAAAUAAGGUAACUGGGGGUAGAUAGUCCACUCUCAAAAUGGCGGUAGAACACACACAUAAGAUUGUAGUUGGCCGAGCUCAAAAAUAAAGGCUAAAACCUUAAUUGCCGACAGAUACCUGCAAAUUGACAUUACCCAUACUGUUUUCAGAAUAUUUGUACUAUGAAGCAAAUCAUUGGUUAAAAUGUUGUUGGUUUGUGAACUACACUUCCAAAGAAAAUGUAUGCUAGUGGAAGAUGUAUGUAUGUGAUACUAUGCACACCAUUUGUUGUUUCUGUGUAAUUUUAUUUUGUUCAUCAAAUAUGGUGUAGUUUUGUUGUAAGUUAUAUUGCAGGUAACAUCUGAGAUGCUAAAAAAGAUUUCUAUGGUUCACAUUACACAAGUGUACACUCUAAUUCAUUGUAUUUUGUACAUUAAGUGAUAAAUCCUCUUUGUAUUUAUGUCAAAUUGGAAUUUAUAUCUGAUUGAUGCUGAAAUUAUGUUAAGCAAACUGAUUGUUCCGCUGGACCAUUGUUGAAAACUUGUGUACAGCAGACUUUUUUGUAGUGUAUGGCACACUGGUUUUGUAUGGCUGUUUUUAAAUUAUAUGCACUCUUAAUUAUCA